AUGCAGUUUCCAGAAAAUGAGGCCACGCUGGGACUGGCGGAGGACCAAAGGCAGGCGCCUCGAGGCGAGCAACAGGGAGCAGGCCUGGCUCUGAUUAGCUCCCCGCGCCGGGUCGCCAGCGUGUGCCCGACGCUGUCCCUGGUCAUCACAAGCCCUGACAUCGCAGCCCUGGCCAACCUGGUACAGUGGACCUCCUCAAGGAAGGUCGGCACUGGGCCUGCAAGAUGGCCCAGUGGGGGGGAGGAGCUUGCGGCCAAGCCUGAGGCCCUGAGCUCCACUCCCAGGACCGACAAGGGGAAGCGAGCUGAGGCCGUGCGGGUCUGUGUGGCCAGCAGUCCUAACUGGGGCUGCUGGCCCGGAAACCGAACAGGGGGCAGCUGCGGCAGCCUGUGGGAUGAUGGGCACGGCCAUGUCAACAGUUUUGGCCCUGACGUCGAGGUCACCGCUUCUUCCUGCUACACCUGCUCGGCACGGAUCACCGCGGCACCCUUGGCCGUCACGGCACCCUUGGCCGUCACGGCGCACCUGUUGAAAGCCACCCUGUCCUGGCGCUGUGCUACUGGAGGAGCAAUGAGGCCCCCGAGGCUGGAGCCGGAGAGACAGCUCGCUGGGGAGACCCUGUGUGAGCCACGGGGACCACACGGCCGCUGCGGCCAGCCAGGGGGUGCCGCUGGGGGAGCCUCGGGUUCUGGGGAUCCAGAAAGUUCCCGUGACCUCGAUGGAGAAGGGAGCGUUCUGUUCUCAGCCGCGCACGCCGCCCUGGAACGCACACCAGCGAGGCUGCUGGUGGCACGAAAGGGGACAAACGGGGACGGGGCUCAGGGCGGCGCCCACUCGCGCCGAGUCCAGGGCGCCCCCCGGCGUCCGGAGCCGGAAGGACUCGUGCUCACGUGCAGUUUGGGGGCGGAGGGAGGGGCCUCGGCAGGGGGCGGGGCCCAGCCGAUCGAGGCUCGGUCCACUAGAAAGAGCGCAGGGCAGAACCGAGUCAGCCGGACUGACGCCCGCGCUUCCCAACCGUCCCUUGCGACAGACCGAGCCCCACGCCCUCCCACCUGCGGGCCGGCCUCCGGCGCUCCCCACUGCGCAGAGCCGCGCCGGUUCCACCCGGCCCGGGACGCGCCCACUCGCCCGCGCGCGCCCUCUCCACUGCGCCCGGGCGCCGCGGCGAGCAAACAGGUCGCCCGGCCUGAGCAGCCGGCCAGGUCUCCUCCCCGGCACCCGUGCCAGCCGGGCACCCAGGCCCCAGCUGCCACCACCCACCCCGCGUCCGCUCGGCCUUCCAGACAGGACCCCCGCCGCGGCUUCGGCAUCGCCGUCUCUGGAGGCCAGGACCGGCCCAGCGGAUCCGUGGUGGUGUCGGACGUGGUCCUCGGGGGCCCGGCCCAGGGCAGGCUCCAGACCGGGGACCACAUCGUCAUGGUGAACGGAGUCUCCGUGGAGAACGUCACGUCGGCCUUCGCCAUCCAGCUCCUGAAGACCUGCAACAAAACGGCCAACAUCACCGUGAAGCGUCCCCGCAGGGUCCAGCUGCCAGCAGCCAGGACCGGCGCGGGCCACGCGCCCUCCGCCCGGGAGGAGGCUGACCACGGCCGGGGCUACGAGGGCGACUCCUCCAGCGGCUCCGGCCGGUCCUGCGGGGAGCCUUCCCGCCGGGCCAGGGCGGGACGCCGCGGCCGCGUGGGCAGUCACGGGCGCCGCAGCUCGGGAGGCGGAUCUGAGCCCAACGGACUGGACCUGGUGUCGGGGUACAAGCGCCUGCCGAAGCAGGACGUGCUCAUGAGGCCGCUCAAGUCCGUGCUGGUGAAGCGGAGGAACAGCGAGGAGUUCGGGGUGAAGCUGGGCAGUCAGAUCUUCAUAAAACACAUCACGGAUUCUGGCCUCGCCGCUCGGAACCGCGGGCUGCAGGAAGGAGACCUCAUCUUGCAGGUCAAUGGGGUGUCCAGUGCGAACCUGUCCCUGAGCGACACGCGGCGGCUCAUCGAGCAGUCAGAGGGGGAGCUGACGCUGCUGGUGCUGCGGGACAGCGCGCAGUUCCUGGUGAACAUCCCUCCCGCGGUGAGCGACAGCGACAGCUCGCUGAUGGAAGACAUCUCGGACCUGAACUCGGAGCUGUCCCAGGCGCCCCCGUCCCACGUCCCUCCGCCACCUCUGCAGGGUCCGCCGAGCCCCGAGCCCAGCCAGACAGACUCGGCAGAGGAGAGCCCACAGCCCCGGAGGCGGGACCGGUCGGUGGAUUCCAGAGCCGUCGCUGAACCGGAGGAUCCUGGAGAAAGUCGCUAUGACAUCUACCGGGUCCCCAGUCGGCAGAGCCUGGAGGACCGUGGCUACAGCCCGGACACUCGCGUCGUGCGCUUCCCUAAGGGUGCGAGCAUCGGCCUGCGCCUGGCCGGCGGCAACGACGUGGGCAUCUUCGUGUCCGGGGUGCAGGCGGGCAGCCCGGCCGACGGGCAGGGCAUCCAGGAAGGGGACGAGAUCCUGCAGGUGAAUGGCAUGCCGUUCCGGAACCUGACCCGGGAGGAGGCCGUGCAGUUUCUGUUGGAGCUGCCGCCGGGGGAGGACAUGGAGCUGGUGACGCAGAGCAAGCAGGACAUCUUCAGGAAGAUGGUCCAGUCCCGCGUGGGUGACUCCUUCUACAUCCGCACACACUUCGAGCUGGAGCCGAGCCCGCCCUACGGCCUGGGCUUCACCCGGGGCGACGUCUUCCACGUGGUGGACACCCUGUACCCAGGCUCGGGGCCGGGCCACGGCGGCCGCGGGGGCCUCUGGCUGGCUGCCCGCAUGGGCCGAGAUCUCCGAGAGCACGAACGCGGCGUCAUCCCCAAUCAGAGCAGGGCGGAGCAGCUCGCCAGCCUGGAGGCCGCGCAGCGGGCCGCGGGUGUGGGUCCCGGCGCCUCCUCCGCCUCCAACCCCCGGGCCGAGUUCUGGCGGCUCCGGGGGCUCCGCCGAGGGGCCAAGAAGUCAGCGCAUCGGAGCCGCGAGGACCUGUCAGCGCUGACCCGGCAGGGGCACUACCCGCCCUACGAACGCGUGGUGCUGCGAGAAGCCAGCUUCAAGCGCCCCGUGGUGAUCCUGGGGCCGGUGGCCGACAUCGCCAUGAAGCGGCUGACAGCCGAGAUGCCCGACCAGUUCGAGAUUGCAGAGAGCGUGUCCCGGACUGACAACCCAUCCAAGAUCAUCAAGCUGGACACGGUGCGGGUGAUCGCGGAGAGGGACAGGCACGCGCUGCUGGACGUGACGCCGUCGGCCAUCGAGCGCCUCAACUACGUGCAGUACUACCCGAUCGUGGUCUUCUGCGCGCCCGAGAGCCGCCCCGCGCUCAAGGCGCUGCGCGAGUGGCUGGCGCCCGCCUCGCGCCGCAGCAGCCGCCGCCUGUACGCGCAGGCGCAGAAGCUGCAGAAGCACAGCGGGCACCUCUUCACCGCCACCGUCCCCCUGCGCGGCACCGGCGACGCCUGGUACGAGGAGGUCAAGGCCGCGGUGCAGCAGGAGCAGGCGCGGCCCAUCUGGACGGCGGAGGACCAGCUGGACGGCUCCUCCGAGGACCUGGAGCUGCCGGGCCGCGGCCUGGACGCCAGCUCCGGGGACCUCAGCUGUGACAGCCGGGCCAACAGCGACUGCGAGGACACGGACGGCGUCUACACGGACGGCGAGGGCGGCGUCUACACGGACGGCGAGGGCGGCGGGCCCCACGACCCACACGACCCCCAGGACGCCGAGGAGGAGCCCGCGCUCCCCGCCCUGGCCCGGUCCUCGGAGCCCGCCUGGGUGGAAGCCCACGAGGGGCUGCGGGGUCACGGGGCCACGGCCGCCGAGUGGGAGACGCAGGCCGGGAGCCGCCACCCGCAGGGCCAGUGGCGCCAGGACAGCAUGCGGACGUACGAGCGCGAAGCCCUGCGGAGGAAGUUCACGAGAGCCCGGGACGCGGAGUCCUCAGACGAAGGCUACGACUGGGGCCCGGCCACCGACCUGUGACCGCGGACGCCGCGCGCCCUCCCUCCGGCUCCCCGGCCUCAGUUUCCCCCGCAGGACCCAGGGCCAGCGACCAUUUAAUAAACCUUUAAUUUCUUUUUUAACAUUAAAAAUCA